AUGGGUCUCGGUUGCUCGUAUCUCUUGCGGCGCUUUGCGUCGCGCCAGGAGACCAAAAUGGUUAUGCUGGGUCUCGACGCCGUCGGCAAAACGACGAUCCUCUACCAGCUUCGGCUCGGCGAGUGCGUCUCAACGAUCUCGACCAGCGGCAUGAACGUCGAGAAGUUCCAGUUCGAGAACCUUGAUUGCACCGUGUGGGAUCUUGGCAGCAGUUAUCGCGCCUCGGCGAUCGUCCACCACUACUACGAAGGCGCCGACGCGAUCCUGUUUGUCGUCGAUGCCAACGAUCGUGCGCGCAUCGAAUUUGCGCGCCGCCAACUGCACGAGAUGGCCGUCGCCGACGAGCUCCAAGACGCGGUCAUUCUCGUCUAUGCCAACAAACAAGAUCUCCCAGAGGCCAUGAGCGUUCCCGAGUUGACCGAAGCACUCCAAUUGCACUCGGCUCAUCAGCGGUGGUUUGUCCAAGCGUGCUGCGCAACGACGGGCGAGGGCCUCCACGACGGUCUGCGCUGGCUGACCACGACACUGUGUACACAGUAG